AGGAACAAUCCCGAGAAAAAACUCCCCACUUUCCCCAAUCAAUAAAAGUUAAACCCCAGAAUCCAAAAUCCAAAUCAAACCCACCACCAAAUUCAUCCCCAAAAUCCCAACAUUACAGUUCCGAUUCUUCCAAAAAUUCCAAAUCCAAAAACAAUGGCUCUCAAACAGCUGUUUCUGAUCCUCCUAACGACACAAUUCCUACCGUCUUCUCUCUCUCUGAUUUCCGCGCCGGAGCUUCGCCCUCCCUACGCCACCCCCAGAGCCAUCUCCGAUUUGAAGGAGGCGAUCGUGAAGGGAUUAGGGUUUCAGGCGGAGGAUUUGAAUGUGUCGGGGUUCGAUUUGAGGGACGCGCACGUGGGGCAUUCGGUGGCGUACGAGUUCGAUGUGGAGGUCGACAACAAGGUCCUACCUUUCAAGCUUCUGGAGGACGUCGACCGCUGGGAUUACGUUGAUUUGCCCAUUUUUCGGGUCGAGGACGAAAAUGGGUUGGUCCAGAAAGGCAAAUCGGGUGGUGGGUUGCCUCAGGUUUUGGCUCCAUUUCAGCUGGCUGGGCCCAUGGAGCUCUGGAUUCAGGACGCCAAAGACAUGAGGAUUUCGCUCCCUCAUGAUGUGGAUGCUGGUGUGUUGAAGAAGGUGAUGUUAGCAGAAGGAGCUGUGGUCACGGUGAAGGGUGCGAGGUCUGUGAGCCUACGCCACCCUCUUCAGCUCUCAUUGCCAUUGAACCGAACCGGCAAUGGGUUUGCUUCUGGUCUUGUGACCUUGGCUGAAUGGCUGCGCCAUGCUUCUCGAACCCAGUCAUCUCCGUUGUUGUCUAUCCGCAUUGUUGGUCCGACUUCCCUCACAUCACCGUCAUCGACCUCUCCCUCCGUGAACAACAAGCUCAAGCUUAAGCGCCUUGCCCCAGGGCUUGUGGAGUUGUCCUCACCAUCCAACACCAGGCCCAUUUCCGUUGAGCUGCAAAACCAAGAGACCAAGGCCAUUUUAACCCCGAGCUACUUCAGCACGGUCUGGCCCCUUGCUUCCGUCAAUGGCUCGAAUCCUAACUUGGUGGGUUUUGAGUCUCUACUUGCAUCUGUUUUGGGUCCUAAGGCCAAUAAGAAAGGAUCCUUCAAAUUAUUGAAGGCAGAUGUGUCUGCGCAGACAUUUUUGAAGAUCGGGUUUGGGGUGGAGAAGAAGCUCAAAGAAGAAGACAGGAUUGAUUUGAAAGGUUUCCGAAAAUGGAGGGCAAAGCCUGAGACCUUAAGGUUGCAUUUUGAGGUGCUUGCUAAGGUUGAGGGUGAUAAAAUCAUACCGGAGAGAGUGGUUCCAGUUAACCACGUGUCAGUGGAGGACACCGUGGCACCCAGUGAGCUCUUGGGGAAUGUCUCCAUGUCCACUGUCCCCCUCAUUCAUCCUCCGGCAAGCCCCUAUACCUUGUAAAGUUUUUCGGUUUAGGGUUUGCUGAUACAAAAUCUGGAAGUGUAAAGAUAUAAUGAUUUUGUACUUUCUUUUUCUUGAAACGUGAGGACGAUUUAGAUGAGGUCCGGUGAUACUACUGUAAAAAUUUAUGUAAUGAAGUUACCGAGGGUUUAAAUUAAUUUAUGAAAAUUCAGUAAAGACUUGAAUAUUGCAUAUA